AGUGGGUAGUUGAAGGGUUUAGUAGUUCGGAAAAAAAUGGGGGACAAUCAGUACGAUGUGGAUGCCAAAACACGGGAAAAACUGCUGGAACGGCAGAAAUUCCGCAUGAAUAUGCGGCAGGAGUUCCUCAAGCAGCUAACAAAUCCCCAUAGAGUCGAGGGCGGAGGUCAUAUUUUCGAUCAGGGACUCCAGAGAUUCCAGGCAGCCCGUGUGACGCAGUACGAACACUUUAAGCCCAACUUCAAGACCACCCGGAAGGGGUUCUUCCUUGUCCUUCUGCCCAUCACUCUCUACGGGUGGAUGAUGAAGAGGGAGCGCGAAGGACGAGAACAUCUCUACCGGACUGGUCAAGUUUCCUAUCGUGAUCGUAAAUUCAAAUUCAUCUAAAUGCCCCACACACUCAGUGUCCUCUGUGGAAUUUAUUAUAAUUAGUGAAUGAGAAUAAAUAUUGGAGAAUAUUAAUAAA